AAUAUGACUUCAGUGUAUAGGCGGCGCUGAGGCACCAGAGAGGAGGUAUACAUGUGGUCAAAAUGGCGGAAGCUAUGAGAGCGACAGUCGCAGCACUACUGCAUGGAAUUGACAGAUACAACCCAGAGAACCUGGCCACCCUGGAGCGGUAUGUGGACCUGCAGUGUAAGGAGAACACCUACGACCUGGAAGCCAAUCUGGCUGUACUUAAACUGUACCAGUUUAACCCCACGUACUACCAGACAGCUGUGACGGCACAGAUCCUGAUGAAGGCCCUGACCAACCUGCCUCACUCCGACUUCACACUCUGCAAGUGUCUGGUGGACCAGGUCCAUCAAGAAGAGGAGAUGAUCACCCGUGUGACCUUCCUGGCUGACCUGCUGGAGACGUGUCAGUUCAAGCUCUUCUGGAAGGAGAUCUCCCUGACACCUGAAGUCAUUGAGGGCGUCUCUGGGUUUGAGGACUCGGUCAGGAAAUUUAUCUGCCAUGUUGUCAGCAUCACCUACCAGAGGAUAGACAAGCAGACUCUGUUGGAACUGCUGGGAGACAUAGAAGAUCACCAGCUGAAGCAGUGGAUGAACAAGUACGGCUGGCGGGACGAUGGAGAAGGUUUUGUCUUCCUUGCCAACCAGGAGGAGAACGUCAAGACCAAGAACAUCGUGGAGAAAAUUGACUUCGAGAGUGUAGCAGGCAUCAUGGCAGCCUCCAUCCAGCGAUGAUGAUCAACUGUCAGGGAUGGGCGUCAAAUUCCAGCUAUCGUAAUAUUGUACUUGUAGUAGGAUGUCGUACAAAGUAAGACUUCAUCAGGAUUCAGAUUUGUCCUUAGUUCUGACAUGACAACUAUAGUGAAGUCCUCUCUGUCAAAGCUGGCAAGUGAGAAGACCAUCUGUAGUUGACUUGAGUAAUAUCAGAUAGUAGACAAUUAAACAGAUUCAGGCCAAAUGAA